GCUCCGGGAACGGCCCCUCCUCUGCCUCCUGGGCGGAGCCCGCGCAGGAUCCGGGUGGCUGCAGGCUGCGGGCUUCGGUGGCUGCGGGGCGGGGGUCUCGGCCAAGGCCAGGCCGCAGCGAGUCCACCGGCUGAUUUCCUGCGGGCGGCGCCCCAUACGAGAGGCGACUCCUGGGAAGGAGCGCAGCCCGCCCCGCCCCGCUACAUUCGAGCAGGACGCCUGUCUCCCCUCUCUGAGUAUUUCAGGCCUCCCUGUCCUAGGAGGCUCAGGCCAAGAUGGCAUCAGCUGGAGACCCCCCAGCAGGCCCACGGGAUGCAGCAGAUCAGAACUUUGACUAUAUGUUCAAACUGCUGCUGAUCGGCAACAGCAGCGUGGGCAAGACGUCCUUUCUGUUCCGCUACGCGGACGACUCCUUCACGCCUGCCUUCGUCAGCACCGUGGGCAUCGACUUCAAGGUCAAGACCGUCUACCGCCAUGACAAGAGGAUCAAGCUGCAGAUCUGGGACACAGCAGGCCAGGAGCGCUACCGUACCAUCACCACAGCCUACUACCGGGGAGCCAUGGGCUUCCUGCUCAUGUAUGACGUCGCCAACCAGGAAUCCUUUGCCGCUGUACAGGACUGGGCCACGCAAAUCAAGACCUACUCCUGGGACAAUGCCCAGGUCAUCCUGGUGGGGAACAAGUGUGACCUGGAGGACGAACGUGUUGUGCCUGCUGAGGAUGGCCGGAGGCUCGCUGAUGACCUUGGUUUCGAAUUCUUUGAAGCCAGCGCCAAGGAGAAUGUCAAUGUGAAGCAGGUCUUCGAGCGCCUGGUAGAUGUCAUCUGUGAGAAGAUGAACGAGUCCCUGGAACCCAGCUCCAGCUCAGGCAGCAACGGGAAAGGGCCGGCCCUGGGGGAUGCUCCAGCCCCCCAGCCCAGCAGCUGCAGCUGCUAGAGAUGGCCCCAACCCCCCCCACCCCCCUCCUGCCUCGGCAGGGACUGUGAUUGAGGCAUGAGCCACAGUGGUUAUUCUCAAGCUCAGGGCAAUCCCUUCCCUCCUGUCAACUGCCUCCCAACUCCUGCAUGGCUCGCUCCUUCACUGCAUCACCAUGGCUGCCAGGAUGCUCAGGCAGCCCCGGUGAGAGGUGGCAGACCGUGGGGACUCAGCCCGGCAUGGCAGGCGGGGGUCCGGGGACAUUGGCAUGCUUGAGCUUGCUGCUUUUCAGGGUUCAUUAAGGAAGGUGGCCAUGGGCGACAUGUCCCACCCCAUCCGAUGGAGGGGCAUCCGUGGUGCCUUCUGGCUUAGAACCAUUUUCCAGGUCUGUUCUGGGUUGGGCAGACUGAUAUUCCCAAGCUGGUGGAGGGCGAUUCAUCUUUUUCCUUGCACAGUGUGGGUUCUUGGAGUCCAUCAAGGGAAGGCAGCGCCUCUUUCUCAGGUCCUGCAGGCUGGUCUCUGAGCCUGCCCCACAAACUUUCUGGACUCCACGGUGGGAUGGUGAUUUUGACCCCUGCAUACCCUCUACUUGGAAAAGCAGCAUUAAAGCAGCCUUUCCCCAUUGUAGGAGGGACAGGGAGACAGAUCCCCUCAACCCCGCAUCCCCAGCUUCAGGGACCUCAGAAGUGCCUUCCAAGCUUCCCCCAAGAUCCACGUCACCCACAACCCUGCCACUGUUUUGCUGUGUUCACUGCAUCGCUGAUCCUGAAUUGAAUUCUGGAACUAUGGACCACAUUCGAUGGGGCAGAGACUCACCCAACCCCUAGCACUCCCUUUCUGGGCUUUCUGCCAGAAGUUAAUUAACCUCAGAGCCGGCAGCCUGGGCCUUCCUGCUCAGGCCCUGUUUGACUGGUUGUGUUUAAGCAAGUUCUUGCCCAAUCAUUCAUCCUGCUAGAGAAGGAAAUGAAGCAACGCACCCAGCCACAGCAGGCAGUUGUUGGCGGCUUUCUGAUACAAGCAUCUGGGCUUCUCCCACUUGAGGGGGGCCCUUUGAGACGCGAUGACCAUUUCCCAAUCCUUGUCAUCGGCAGGGCUGGGGGAUGUGACAAUUUUUGCUAAUGGAGGAGUCACUUCUUUUUUUUGAGACGGUCUCGCUCGGUCGCCCAGGCUGGAGUGCAGUGGUGCAACCAUACCUCACUGCAGCCUCAAACUAGGGGUCGCUUCUAGGGGACGCUGGGGGUUGGGCGGAAGGGGCGAGGAGGUAGGGUUGAGUAACCUGCUGCCACUGCUUGUACUUUCUGGACAGCCUGGGAGUGGCAGGCCCUUAUGUGAAUGGGGGCCACGGGCUGUGAUCAGUGCCAGGGAGUCCAUGAAGCUGGAGUCCUGGAGUCCCCACCUGCGGGGGCUUCUGCUCAGAGGUUAUGUGUGCAGUGUGAAGAUUUACAUCGACCUCCAGUUCAGAGACACUUUCUGCCCAUCAAAUUCCAAACUCUGGUGGCACAGCACCUUUUUUUUUUUUUUUUUCUCACCAACACUAACCAACACCCCUUAAUAGGACCAGCACUGUGAGGAUGGCUGAGCGGAGGUUUUAUGUUCCCAGCGCCCCAACCUCAUUUCGGAGGCUAUGUCUCUUCUCCCAGUCCCUGCAGCCAAAAUGACUUCCUGCAGCUUUCAUGAGCUCAGCCUCUUCCCUGGGGUAGGUGUAAGGGGGAAAGCCUGGUUCCAGUUUAGAUUUAUUUCUAGGGAGCCCCGGUUACUUCAUACCAGAGGCGACCCUUAGAACUUUGGAGUGAGGGUAUCUUGUUUUUCGUUUUUUGUUUUUUGAGACGGAGUUUCACUCUUGUUGCCCAGGCUGGAGUGCAAUGGCACGAUCUCAGCUCACUGCAACCUCCACCUCGGGGAUUCAAGCGAUUCUCCUGCCUCAGCCUCCUGAGUAGCUGGAAUUACAGGCACGUGCCAGCACACCUAGCUAAAUUUUAUAUUUUUAGUAAAGAAUGUGUUUCACCACGUUGGCGAGGCUGGUUUCAGACUCCUGACUUCAGGUGGUCCACUUGCCUCAGGCUCCCAAAGUGCUGGUAUUACAGGCGUGAGCCAUCACACCCAGCAGAGGGUAUCUUUUUAUACCAACAAAUUAGAUGACUGAGGUGAAAUGGACAAAUCCUAUAAACACACAAAGUGAGGGUAUCUGAGAAUGUGGGCGGGAGACAAAAUUUUUUGGUUGCUUUAACACUAAAGUCAAACUAAAGCAGCUUCAAAAAGACUUCUUAAGAUGCAAUAUGGACUGUUGAAGUUUUUUUUGUUUUUUUUUUUUGAGAUGGAGUCUCGCUCUGCCGCCCAGGCAGAAAUGCUGUGGCGUGAUCUUGGCUCACUGCAUCCUCCACUUUCUGGGUUCAAGCAAUUCUUCUGUCUCCAUCUCCUGAGUAUCUGGUACUACAGGUACCUGCCGCCACACCUGGCUAAUUUUUGUAUUUUUAUUGGAGAUAGGGUUUCACCAUGUUGGCCAGGCUGGUUUUGUUGGCCAAUUGUGUCUAAACUGCUGUCAAAAAAAAAAAAAAAAAAAAAGUGGAUCAGAUUGUCUUGAAUAGGGCAGAGCUGACCUGUCAUCUCCUGUGUGAUAAGAAAGUUUGGGCUACAUCCUGCUCCUGACAUGGCCUCAGCUUUCUGUUUACAUAAGAUUUUUUCAAGAGUUCAACAUCAAGUAGCAGCUGAGAGGCUGCCUCAGGAUUCUCACAAAGACUGGGAUUCAUAUGGGAACAUUGUUUCUUUUAAAAAUAAGGCAAAUGUUACACUGAAUGACUUUGGGAGUGAGGUUUAAUUGGAGAUGGUCUCUAGGUGAAAUUGAUGUUUUUGCAGAUUACCUCUGGGGAAUGGAGGUUUGUUGAGUUUACAGACACAUUAAACCAAAGGCCGUGGGAAAAUCCCUCUCCAGCUCCAGGGAUUGAAGCCAGGACCAUCCACCUACCAGUGCCUUCCUUCUUAACACUCACUUUUAGCCGCUUGUGUUUCCAUGGGCAGUUUUGGUGGGAAGUUGCCAUGACCACAGCGGUUUGGAGUUCUGUUUUUUUCCUUCUUUUUGGGAGGACUCGGGGAAACUCCUCCCAAGAUCACGUUCUAGCAUCUUUCUCUCCUGCUCCAUUUAGAAAAAACAAGUAAAAGGUAAAAUGUGGUCUCAGUGUGAAAGCGAUAAUUCCCCUACUGGCUCCUCCCUGACAAUUCUGAAUUACACUACUGAGCGGGCUCUGGCUGGUCAUUUCUAUCCUGGAUGUGGUUCUGUGUAGCAAUUCCUUGAUGUCCAGUUUGGGAAGAUGUGCUCUUUUCUCCACAAGAAAACAUUAAAUUUGUCAUGCCCAAAUGCAGUUGUGCUUUUA